GGUGCGGCCGUGCCCGCGCGGGGGUCCCGGCCCUCAGGCCGCGGUGCGGGGCAGCCCCGGCCCGGCAGGGGCGGCGCUUGGCGCGGGCAGGGCCGGCCCGGUCGAGCGUGCGCAGCUCCUGCGCCCUUUAAGCCGCGCCGCCCCUGCCCGUACGGGCGUCUGAGCCGCGGGAGUCGCGCGGGAAGGAGCCGCCACAGCGCCGGGACGCGUCUUCCUCCACCUCCUCCUCCUCCUGUCCCCCCUGCUCCUCCUCUCCGGCCUCGCCGCAGCCCCCUCCUCCCCACCCCGUGCCCUGCUCCUCCCGCCACUGCCAGCUCUAAGAUGCCCCGCUAUGAACUGGCUUUGAUCCUGAAAGCCAUGCAGAGGGGUUGGUACAGUAGGCCUCACUAAACUUAGCUGCAACUAAGAAUUUCUCCUACAUCAACUGAGUUAAGGCUGAUGCUCUUGUGGAAUGUGGAUUAAAAGUGCGUGCUAAGUUCCCAAAUUUGAGAAGCGGAGAAAAGUAAAUGUACCACUGCCACCAGCAUCAGGACAGCAAACCAAGGGACAAAGAAUUUGACCCGCUGUGUUGAUUUUGGUUAAAACUGGUUCACGUGGUGCUUAAGAGACGUUGGCUGGGGGGCGAGAAGUGGACGUCAGCGAAGGCUUUUUGGUUACAAAAUGAGGGCUUCUUUGGAGCCAGCAGACAUUGCCAUUGUGGCCCUGUACUUCGUGCUUGUAAUGUGCAUAGGUUUCUUUGCCAUGUGGAAAAACAAUCGGAGCACCGUGAGUGGCUACUUUUUGGCAGGGCGUUCUAUGACCUGGGUAGCUAUCGGGGCCUCGUUAUUUGUGAGCAAUAUUGGAAGUGAACAUUUCAUUGGGCUCGCAGGAUCUGGAGCGGCGAGUGGAUUCGCCGUAGGCGCGUGGGAGUUCAACGCCUUAAUGCUUUUGCAGCUUUUGGGAUGGGUCUUCGUGCCAGUCUACAUCCGGUCGGGAGUGUACACCAUGCCUGAAUACUUGUCCAAGCGGUUUGGAGGGCAUAGGAUUCAAAUCUAUUUUGCAGCGUUGUCUCUACUUCUUUAUAUCUUCACCAAACUCUCGGUUGACUUGUAUUCAGGGGCGCUUUUUAUCCAAGAGUCCCUAGGGUGGAACCUCUACCUGUCGGUGAUCCUGCUGAUCGGAAUGACGGCGCUGUUGACUGUGACCGGAGGGCUGGUGGCCGUCAUCUACACGGACACCCUCCAGGCGCUGCUUAUGAUCAUUGGGGCCCUCACACUCAUGAUCAUAAGCCUCAUGGAGGUCGGUGGGUUUGAAGAAGUGAAAAGGAGGUACAUGUUGGCGUCACCAAACAUCACCUCCAUCCUCCUAACCUACAACAUCUCCAACACCAAUUCCUGCAACGUCAGUCCAAAGCCCGACUCUCUCAAAAUGCUGCGUGAGCCGACGGACGAAGACAUUCCCUGGCCUGGAUUUCUGCUGGGACAAACCCCGGCCUCAGUGUGGUACUGGUGCGCUGACCAAGUCAUAGUGCAGAGAGUUCUGGCCGCCAAAAACAUCGCUCACGCCAAAGGCUCCACCCUCAUGGCCGGCUUCUUGAAGCUGCUGCCCAUGUUCAUCAUCGUGGUGCCGGGGAUGAUCUCCCGCAUCCUGUUUGUGGAUGACAUCGCCUGCAUCAACCCCGAGCACUGCUUCCAGGUGUGCGGGAGCAGGGCCGGCUGCUCCAACAUCGCCUACCCGCGCCUGGUGAUGAACCUGGUGCCCGUGGGGCUGCGCGGGCUCAUGAUGGCCGUGAUGAUCGCCGCCCUGAUGAGCGACCUGGACUCCAUCUUCAACAGCGCCAGCACCAUCUUCACGCUCGACGUCUACAAGCUCAUCCGGAAGAGCGCGACCUCCCGGGAGCUCAUGAUCGUGGGCAGGGUCUUCGUGGCCUUCAUGGUGGUGAUCAGCAUCGCCUGGGUGCCCAUCAUCGUGGAGAUGCAGGGCGGGCAGAUGUACCUGUACAUCCAGGAGGUCGCGGAUUACCUGACCCCGCCGGUGGCCGCCCUGUUCCUCAUGGCCAUCUUCUGGAAGCGUUGCAACGAGCAGGGGGCUUUCUACGGCGGCAUGGCCGGGUUUGUCCUGGGCGCCAUCCGGUUGAUCCUGGCCUUCUUCUACCGCGCUCCCGAGUGCGACCAGCCGGACACCAGGCCCGGCUUCAUCAAGAACAUCCAUUACAUGUACGUGGCCACGGCCCUGUUCUGGAUCACCGGGGCCGUGACGGUCGUGGUGAGCCUGCUCACGCCGCCGCCCACCAAGGAGCAGGUCCGGACCACCACGUUCUGGGCCCUGUGGAAGCGCGGCGCGCCGGAGAGCGCCGGCAAGGGGGAGCUGUACCAGGCGCAGGAGAAGAGCAUCCUCAAGUGCAACGAGAACGCCAACCACAUCAUUCCCAACGGGAAGUCGGAGGAGAACAUUAAAAACGUGAAGCCGGAGGACAUCAACCUCCUGGUGACGUGCAGGGAUGACAGCAACCCGGUGAUCUCGGUGAGCCACUCCGAGGUGGAGACGCCCGUGGAUUGUUACUCCAACGGACAGGCCGCCCUGAUGGGGGAGAAAAAGCACGAGGAGGAGGAGGGGACUGACAACAGGGCGAGACAUUUGAAAUUCAUAGAUUGGUUCUGUGGCUUUAAAAGUAAAAACGUAAACAAGAGAGUGGUUCGGGAGGUCGAGGAGGAGACUGUUUGUUUACAAAUGCUGGAAGAGACUCCAAAAGUUAAACUAUUACUAAAUACUGGACUGGUCUGUGUCUGUUCGCUUGGAAUCUUCAUGUUUGUCUACUUCUCUUUGUGAGUGAAUAGUGAACUUUUAAGGGUAUGGCUUAAACAUACAGAAGUUGAUACAGGUCUCUGGAGAUUUUUGGUUUUUCCUUUCUUUUCUUUUCAAACAACAUAACCACGACCCAGGCAUUGUUUACGCUAUAAUUGUAAGAUCAACUCAGCUUUAGCCUAUUUUGAGACCAUUUGAGAUGUGUUGUCCUCCCUCUGCUGAAAGCAGAACCUGUCCUGUGGUGGCUUUUUCUUUUUUCCCUUUUGUGUUGGUUUUUUUUUUUUUUUCUUUCCAUUUGCAGCACUAACCUUUUGUUUUUCUGUGUAUAAAUAUACCAAAGGCAGGCAGGUGGCUAUGUUUGAAGUCAGGCAGUUACAGCUCAGUCAGCAUAAAGUGAAGAUAACAGGUAAUCAGUUACCAGUGUGUAAAAUCUGAGUGAUUAAAGCUGUGUCAAAAGAUUUUUAAAUGCAGAGCUGUGAUGCACAUUUAUAAAAUAGCUGUAUUACCUUGGCCAACUUAGCACUUUUUAAUUGCACUCACUGCUUUUUUUCUUUUUUCAGUUUCUCAUUUUUCUUCUGGCAACAACAGGAAGCUGUUUUGUCUCAUUUUAUAGCACUUAAAACAUGAUGGCUCUUAGCAGCUUUCUGCCUUUUUUUUUACUCUUUGUAAAGAAAUUCUUGUCUUUUGAUUUUUAUCCACUGUAAAUUCCAUUACUGAAAAAAGUUUCUAUAUUAAAAAAAAAAAAAGAAAAAAAGAGAAAAAACUAAAACAAAAAUAAGCCUGGAGAUGACAAACUGUCAAUGGAGGAGGACAAAAAAGAAAUAUUCUUUCUGUGGGGUUUUGUAUUAUAUUGAGAUUGAAGAAUCACAGAUUCUUGGGGUGUGUUUGGGAUGUCCCUGGGCAGAUGUUCCAGGGCUCUGUGACCUCCAUGGAAAGAAAUUUUUCCUCAGGUUUGGGUGGAAUUUCUUGAGUUUCAGUAAAUGGCCAAAAAGAUUCAUUCAGCCUCUCCACACUCUGAACCUUUAGGACAUUGUUAGGAUUGGCUUCCUUUUAGGGAAAAAACUGUUUGUAGGUUCUACCAUAUGGGAAAAAGAGAACCAUGAGGCUUUGCAUGUCUUGAAAUACUGUUCUUCAUCCUGCAGAAGGGUUUUCCUCUGCUGUGUCUGGGAGGAAUCCCAGAGGAGGAAGAGGAGGAAGCCCUGAUGCUGCAGGGGGAGAACAACUGGGAAGGCAAGGAAGGGGAAAUGGGAGAGAGAGGUGAAAGUGCUCCUUGUUUUCCAGAGUCCUUUUCCCCACGUCUUCUCCCACUUGCCCUUUCACCCUGUCAAACUUCCUUUUUGUAUUUUGAGGAAUCCCAGAAUCCCUGAGUUUGGAAAAGCCCUCCCUGGUCAUUGAGUUCCAGCUGUGCCCAAGCCCCACCUCGUCACCCAGCCCAGAGUGCCACAUUCCUUGGACUCCUCCAGGGCUGGGCACUCCACCAGCUCCCUGGGCAGCCCCUUGCCGUGAGUGACCUUUGUGUGAAGAAAUUCCCUCCUUCCCUCCCUCCCUCCAUCCUCAGAAGGUUCCUGAGGGAUGCGGUGUCAGGAGACAGGGAGCGCGUGCAGCCGCAAAUCUGUGUCGGCAAUCGAGGUCUGUCCUGUGCUCAGGAUUUUUCCAAAAACCUGAAUUCCUCCCAGGCAGUCACAGCUAUUUGUAGGUCUCCAGAAUCCAGAGGAUGUUUCCUCCUGAAGGAUGGAUGCCCAGGCAGGGAUGAGCAGUUCCCAGGUGUGGAGGAUGUGUGUGCAGCAGCUUGGUGCUCUCAUGCUUCCCCAAGCCCACCUGGGUGCUGCUUUUGGGAGCAGAGCCCACCAGAUCUUCCCUCUCCAGGACAGAGUGGUCAUAUCCAGGCUUUCCGUGGAAAUAAUUCCUCCAGUUGUCUUUGCUCCUGAGCUCAUUCAGGAGAGCACGAACUGGCUGGGCCAAAAUCGGGCUGAGGGACCAUUGUGAGCGUUCACCAAAACCACUUCAGGGGUCCAGCACCAUUUCCUUGGCACACAAACAAGAACCAAUUCCUGUGGGGAAAACCGUUUUCUAGAGAUGAGAUUUGGGUCAAUCCUGCCUUUGCCUGCUGGAGAAAGUUUGUUUUUCCACUGGUGCCAUCCACAUGGCUUCUAGCAGAUAAUUCCCAACACAUAUUUUCAGAUAAAAUUAUUCACUUCUAUUUUUGGGAUGGUUUUGUUUGUUUUGGUGGUGUUUUAAUAUCACUUGAAUCUCAUUCAUUCCAAAACUUUGACCAGAGGCUGAGCUGUGCCCCACUUUUCUCCACAUGGUUUAGUUGUUGCUGCUAGGAAGUAGAACUACUCCAAAGUGGAAGACUUGGAGUGUUGUUGCAAUAUUUGUAGAGAAGAGGAGUCACCGUACGUGGUGUUGAUGUUGCGACCAAUGGGACAAGACACGUUUUCUUAUCAUUUGUGUGGCCACAGCUUGGAUUGGAAAAACAUUUUGAAUCCUUUUUAAGGGCGAAAUCCAGGUGUGUGAAAUUAAUGACAUGUCAAGUUGCUUCAUGAGUGGGCUGAGCUGUGAAGGAUGCUUUGAUGUAAAAACGUAGGGAAUCGUUUCCAUACAGGAUAAAAUCAUUUAGGGCAACAUUUGAUCGUAGCGGGAUGAAAAAUAAAUUGUAGAAGGUAAAGAUAAUUCUCAGUCCAACAAUACCCUCCUGAGAAGGCUGGGAUGUGGCUCCAACACCUGGUUUGGCCCAGGGAAGGAGACUCGUGUCCGUCCGGAGCUCGGCGCGAUUUUGGAGCAGCGCUGGCACUGGGAUUUUCCAGGCUGCUCCUCGAUGCCCAGCGCUUUGCCACCGCCUGGGGAGCCAGGUUAGCUCAGGGACCCUCUGGCUCGGCUCCAUCCCCCCUGUGCUGUCCCCAGGGUGCCUUACGCGGGCGGGCGGGCGGCCGAAGGCGCGGCUGGAGGAGGCGCUCCCGGCGCUUCUUCCACCGGCUUCUCCCUGCUGCUUCCAUCCCUCCGCCCCUCCCCGAGCCAUUCUCUCCUCCAAGAGGACACUUGGAAGAGUCAACAGGCAGAAUUCCAGUGUCCUGCUCGGUCAGAUCCGUGAGGAGCUCGUCCUUGGCCGUGGAAGGGAGUUAAGUCCUUCAGGACUGCACUGCGGAGCCCGAGGUGCUCCAUCUCCCACUUGGUUUGUUCUCCCUUUUGCUACACUAACGAGCUGCCACAUUAAUCACACUGCUAAUUGGCAGGCAGGAUCAUCAUGGGUUAUUAAUCUGCCUCCCCACCCCAUCUUCGGACCUGGAAUUGUGAUGCUUUUAAGCAGAUUUUUUUUUUUCCUCCAGUGCUUUUUCUCUUCAGGUGUUUCCGAGGUGUUUUGUGUGCUCCUCUUCAGCCUCAUUGUGUCGUAGUGAUCCUGGAAGUCGCUGAUGCUCUUUGCUGCAUAAAACCACUUAAUAAAAGGCCUUUAUUAAUAAAUAAAGAUAUUCCUAAGGUUCCAAGCAAAGCUGCCUGCUGGCAAGAAGGACCUUGUGUAGGAGAAGGGAUUUUUUAUAGCGUAAACAAGCCUUUGCUGAGGGGGGAAGUUGAUAAAUUUGGGGUUAAACACCCAUUUUUUGGUCCAGCAGAACCACAGAGUGUUUCCCACAAUGGAAUUUUGUUGUCUGGCCCCUUUCCUCUGGGUGGGGCUGGUUGUGCUUCUGUCUUGCAGCAAUGGGUUUAUUUAUUAUUGCCUUGAGCUUAGGAUGACAGGUUUUGGAAAACUGAGUUUGGAAUGACAGCUUUUUUUCUUCUUUUUAUUUCCCUUAACUUAUUUUUUUCUGGUAAGGUAUUUGAAUUUUGCUCCUGGAAAUGGUAGAAGCCUUUUAUUUAAAAAAAUAAAAUAAAAAAAAAAAAUAAAAAAGAAGAGGCUUCUUGAGAGUUUAAUAGUACAUUUUGGGAGACUGUUUUUAUUUAAGUUUUUUUUAAAUGGCUGAUUUGAUGCUAUUCUCUGCCAAAGUUUAGAGGUUUUUUUUGUUGUUUAAUUUUUUUUUUUUUAAAUAAUUUUUCCUGUUUAGCUUUUAGGGCAAGAAAUCCGUGCGAGAUUGUAAGAAAUAAAAAUGGCCUUCAGUAUAUUCCUUAUAUUGUGUAUUUUUUACUUCUCCACUUGUGUGUUCCCUGAUCCCAGAAGGGCCAGGAUGAGACUUCUGAUGAGAGUCAUGAGCCCUGUAACCGAGGAGAGAAAAGGAUUUAUUUCCACGAGGUUACAGUGGAGGGGGCAGAGCCACCCAGGGAGCUCUGCCAGCACUUAAAAGAUGCUUACAACUUUAAAACAGCUUUAUUUUUUUUAUAUAUCUAUUUUUUUAAAUCCUGAGAUAGAGGAGGUGUUGGGAAUUGCUCCCUUUCAGAGAACACAGACAUGGAAGAAGCUGGAGUUGCCAAGCUCCAGCUUUCUCAAGGAAAUCUUUGGAUUUAGCAUGUACAGAGAAGCAAAAUUACUCAUCUGUUAAUUUGGUAUUCUGUAUGUUCUGUGCCCUUAAAUGUAAUUGUUUUGAAAAUAAAACUAACCUUGUUAUGUGAUGUUAAAAGCAGACUUCUGUGCAAUGUUUUAAUUUUUUUUUUUGAUUUGUUUUUUAAAGAAAAUGUUUGUAUAUAAUUAAAUGGUUUAAUGUGCUUUAAUUGGCCUAAGGUAAAGAGUGUAGUCCUAGAAUGUAAAACAUAUAUAAUUAGAAUUUCUGAUUUCACUGUGACAUCUCUGAACUCUUGUUUUUAUUUUUUUUUUUGGUUUCUUUGGUUUUUCUUGCAAAGUGGUUUUGUUUUGUUUACAAAACACUUUCUCUUUGAUUUCUUUCCUGGUGUUGGUUUCAAGGCAUUUGCUUCACUUCUGUUCCAAUCUUGAACUCAUGGUAUAGUGACAUCUGGUGACACUUGGCAUUCUCAGUUCCACUGUGUAAAGUCAGACACUUUGAGCAAAACUGGCGGUGAAAUGACAAUUCUGUGUCUAGGAAUUCACGCUUUUAAAAUGAGGUGGUUAUAAAAAUAGUUGCUGUGCAAAAUGUUAGUAGUCUUCUUCAAGAAGAAAGCAAAAUUUUCUAAUCUCACUCGAGCAGUCUCUUCAUUCAUCAUCUUCUUUUUUAAAGCACAGUGUCAAAGUGAUGCUGCUUUACCUUGUAUCUCUGAGAAAAAAAAUGUUUUUUUAGAUAUCUGUGAAGUAUUUUUGGGUUUUGUUGCUGUUGUAUUUUUCUGCAGAUUUUAUAUAAAAUACCAGUUAAUGAACUGCCUUUUUUCUGUUGGUUUUUUUUUUUUAACUCUCUAAAAUACAUUUCAGACCAAAACCAAAUGAUAUCAUAUAGCAUUUGAAACCUGCCUUUUUCCUUGUCCCUUGGUUGUUUUUUUGGAAAUAAGCCAAAUGGGCAUGUAGAUAAGAUCACUAUAAUGGAUCCAGGUCUCUUUUGGUAAAGUGUUAUUUAAAGGUCUGUUAAGAUCUUAUAAGACAAUAUGCUGAAAAAAAAAAACCUUUACUGUAGUAGGAAUAUAGAUUUAGAAGUGUUAAUGAGAUUAAUACAGCUUAAUUAUAUUGUAAGUUGCUACUGUCCUUAAUGACAAGCUUUUUGUCAUAGAAACGAUGUAUGAUAAAUUAAUUUUGGUCUAGUGUAUAGAAUUAUCAUAUUGCUAUCAAUCUUUGAAGUAAAUCUGAUGCAAAAUUUUCAUAGUUAGCAUUGCUGGCCCUGUGUAUACUGUUCUUUGUAUACUGUAUGCAUUUUAUUUUGCCUCCUGCAUUAGUCUUCAAACUAAAACUCUUAUUAGAGAGUAUUUGGAUACUUUCAGACUGUGUUUCUUGCAGUUUACAUUCCUUUACCAUGGCAUUUUGUCCUGUCUCAAAGUAUUGUAUGGAAAUGUUUCAAACUUCUGUACAAAGUUUCAAUAAAAAUAGAGAAAAAAAAAAAAAAAAAACCAAAAAAACCCAAACCGACCAACCCACCA